GCUGGGGUGUGUGAGCCUGCUUCGAGGUGGACGAGAGGCUGGCCGCCGGGUUGGAGCAUGGACCCUCCGCCGGACGUGGGGGGCUGCCUGGUAAUGAAGGUGGAGCAGGACCCCGGCUGGGCAUCGGAGCCUGUCCCUGAAGGACCCGCGAGCUGCGAGUCCGAGACCUUUCGCAGAUGCUUCCGGCAGUUCUGUUAUAAGGACGUGAGCGGACCCCACGAAGCGUUCAGUAAACUCUGGGAGCUUUGCUGCCGGUGGCUGAAGCCGGAAAUGCGCUCCAAGGAGCAGAUUCUCGAGCUGCUGGUCAUUGAGCAGUUUCUCGCCAUUCUACCGGAGAAGAUGCAGGCGUGGGCGCAGAAGCAGUGUCCGGAGAGUGGAGAGGAAGCGGUGGCCCUGGUGAUACACUUGGAGAAAGAGGCCGGAAGACCGAGACAGCCCGUUUGCAAUCCUGGGCACUCAGAGAAACAAGCCCCACUUGGAGCAGUGUGGGAUGUGGCAAACUUUCCACCAGAGACCCAUCCCAGAGUGGUGUCUCGGGAAGAAGCUGGAAGCCUGCACUCAGGACACCAGGAGCAGCUGAACCCAAAGAGAGAACAUCGGCACUUACCCAAGAAUGCUCGGCCUUCUCCCUGGGUUCCCAUCCCUGCUGAAGAAUGGAACACCAUAAAUAAGGAAGUAACAACCAUAAAACUUCCUGUUGAGUCUCAGGGACCAGUGAAAGAUGUCCAUAUGGCAAGAGGAUUUUCCUACAAAAAGAGUGUGCAACAGAUUCCUGCUCACAGAGACCUCUACCGAGGUGUUAAGGAAGAGAGAGCUGGGAACAUGGUUUCCCUGGGAAAAGCAGUAUCUACUAACAAGAUAGCCCAGGUGGAGCAAAGAAAGGAGCCAUGGACCAUAGGUCUACAUUCCUCUAGUAAAAGGAAUAUUCUACAAAGCAACUACAUCAAGGAAAAGUCCGUUCAUGCUGUUCAGGUUCCUGCAAGGAAUGCAGGAAAGAUGCGGAGAGAGCAGCAGCAGUGGGGCUUAGAAGAUGAAAAAAUAGCAGGCGUGCAUUGGAGCUAUGAGGAAACGAAGACUUUUCUUGCAAUUCUCAAAGAGUCCCGCUUUUACGAGACACUUCAGGCUUGUCCCCGAAAUAGCCAAGUGUAUGGUGCUGUAGCUGAAUGGCUGCGAGAGUGUGGCUUUCUCCGAACCCCGGAACAGUGUCGGACCAAAUUCAAAAGUCUCCAGAAGAGCUACCGGAAAGUGAGAAAUGGCCACGUGCUCGAGCCCUGUGCCUUCUUUGAGGACAUGGAUGCGUUGUUGAACCCUGCAGCUCACGUAUCACCCACUGACAAGCCAAAGGAGAUUGUAUCUCUCCCUACGCUGAAGAGAAUUGGUAUCAGUACUAAAGAACAGAUCAGUUUAAUGGAGGAAGAGGAAGCUGCAGAAGAAUCUGAUGGUGAGGACGCAGGCAUCGAAUUUAUCCGCAAGUCUGAGAUUUGUAGUACCCCUGUCUUAUUUCAGAACCUGAGCGGUGUACACUGGGGCUACGAGGAGACCAGGACUUUUCUUGAUAUCCUCCGUGAGACUCGGUUUUAUGAAGCACUUCAGUCCUGCCAUAGGAAAAGCAAAUUGUAUGGGGCUGUGGCUGAACAACUGCGAGAGUGUGGGUUCCUACGGACACCAGAACAGUGCAGGACCAAGUUCAAAAGCCUUCAGAAGAGCUACCGCAAAGUGAAAAAUGGUCACGUGCUAGAGUCCUGUGCUUUCUACAAGGAAAUGGAUGCCCUGAUAAAUUCUCGAGUAUCUGUCCCCUCCACCAACACCUCAGAAGUCCCACCACACUCAAGGCAAGAAAGAGAGGAUAUUGAGAUUGAACCCCAGGAACCUACAGGCUGGGAACCUGAGGAGACCUCACAAGAGGCUAUAGUAGAAGAUUCUGGCAGCGAGAGAAUGAGUGAGGAGGAAAUUGUACAAGAGUCAGAAUUCCAGAGACCUCCAAGUCUACUACAAAGCCCAAGUGAUUUUGAAAUUGGAGGUAGUAUCAAGGAGGAUGCAAUGCAGAUAAUAUAUAAGGACAUGGAACAGCACAGGGCGUUAAUAGAAAAAUCUAAAAGAGUUGUUUCCCAGAAUACUGAUCUAGUUAACUAUCAUAAAAAGGAAUACAUCUCAGGAAGACAGUGGGAAAACCAUCAAGGAAUCAGACAGGGAAAGCUGAUGUCUCAGCCUAGAGAUUUAGGGAAAGCUGUAGUGCAUCAGAGGUCUUUUGUGGCAAAGAGACCCUACAGACUUCUCAAGUACGGAGAAAGUUUUGGAAGGAAUACCCGUCUUCUGUGCCGGAUGAUUCACCAGAAGGAAAAUUCUUAUAAGUGUAGUAUCUGUGGGAAGUGCUUUGGUAGAAGCAGGAGCCUCAUCAGACACCAAAGAAUCCACACAGGAGAAAAACCCUUUAAAUGUCUUGACUGUGGGAAAAGCUUUAAUGACUCCUCAAACUUUGGUGCCCACCAGAGAAUCCAUACAGGGGAGAAGCCCUACAGCUGUGGAGAAUGUGGGAAGUGCUUUAGUCAGAGCUCAAGUCUCAUCAUACAUCAGAGAACCCACACAGGUGAGAAACCCUAUCAGUGUGGAGAGUGUGGGAAAAGCUUCACCAACAGUUCUCAUUUCAGUGCCCACCGCAGGGUUCACACUGGUGAGAAUCCCUACAAAUGCAUGGAUUGUGAAAAGAGUUUCAGUAAUUGUACACGAUUUCGAGAACAUCGGAGAAUGCACACUGGAGAGAAGCCCUAUGGGUGUGCCCACUGUGGCAAACAUUUCAGUAAGAGUUCUGUUCUGACCAAACAUCGGGAGGUCCAUGUGAGAGAAAAGCUCCUGCCACAUUCUCCAUCUAUGUAUUCCCCAGAGAACCUACAUAAGGGAAGAACUGACGACUUCAGGAAGACUUUUUGAUGACGAUUUCUUCUCUUUCUGUGUCCCUUUAGCCAU